AUGCGUGACCUCAUCUAUGCGUUGAGUCCAACGUAUCAAAUCCCUUCUCGACACCGAAUCGCCGAUGAUCUGCUGGAUGAAGCAUACCAUGGACUACAGCAAGAGGUGCUUAAGGAGCUGCGAAGAACCCAGUUCCUGAAUGUGACGGUGGAUGAGACCACUAACAUCCGAUCUCAGCGGGUGAUUGUGAUGACUAUAACAACGCCGACGAAGUCGUGGUUUAUUCAUCUUAAUGACAUGGAAGACAAGACUCUUGAUGCCCCUGCUAUUAGUAGUUGGAUCUUAAACAGGCUCCAAGGCAUCCUACUGCAGCUAGACAAAGUCGUUGACUGGAAGAGGAUCAAUUCUAUUUCGACAGACACAUGUCAUGUCAUGAAAUCAGUCUGGGAGAAACUGGAGGCAACCCCAGAACUCAGACACUGCUUUAUGAUUCCCUGUGACUCUCACGGCCUACAGCUAAUUAUGAAGGAUAUCGUUGAUCCUAAGUCCUCAAAGGUUCCACGGGCGAAAGAGGUGUUUAGGUCUGCCCUUGAAAUUGUUGUCUUCUUCCACCACUCACCACUUGAGUACGCAAGGAUGCAAGCAAAGCAGAUUCAGAAGUGGGGCCAUAGAAAGGCGCUUAUUGCGUCGGUCAUUACACGAUGGGGAACGCAAUAUAAUAUGCUGUCAUCACUUCAUGAUUGCCAAGAAGCCAUCUGCGAGUGGACUCUCGCAACUCCUGCUGCUUCGACUACAAGGGGGAGGGAGAUCGUUCGGACUGCUAACUCUCAUUCCUUCUGGUGGCAGCUAAAGGAGUUGAUCAAGAUACUUAAGCCUCUGCAUAUAGCUCAGAAGGAAUCCGAAGCUCGGAACUCGUCAAUCAUGGAGGUAACGCAACGGUGGUUAUAUCUCCAUGAAAGUCUGCGAACGCUGGCUUCCCAAGCAUCCCUGAAGGACGACUUUUUAUCAUAUCUGGAUGGCAUAGGCUGGCAAAGUCGUAUAACGCGUCAGCUAGAGCCUGUUCACUGGGUAGCUUAUCAUCUUGACCCUGCUAGAGUCCCUGGAAAAGUUGACGAGAGCUCUCGAUAUCACAUUGAAGGUGUUCUACGGCCUCUUCAAAACGAAGAUAAAAGCUCGUCUGCUUGGCACGAAUUUCUGUCGUUUCGGCAGAAGACAGGUGCAUUUUAUAAUGCUUCUUGCUGGAAGGCUAACUGUCCAUCUCUCUUUUGGCUUGAAGCUGCGGACUUUGCUCCUAUUCUUGCUCCUUUUGCCCGUCGUCUUUGCAAUACUGUGGCGAAUUCCGCAGCAGCGGAGAGAGCCUUUUCACAGAUGAACCUUCAGCACACAAAAGUCCGGAAUCGGCUCGAGCCUCACCGCGUUGAGAAGUUGCUCUUUAUCCAGAUCAAUAAACGACAAUUCCGGACAGAACAGCCUCCUAAAAUCACCCAAGAGUUCCUUCUUGAGGAAGAAGACGACGAAAUAGAGCGGGUUUUGCAACGUAAGCAGGUGCAGGACCAUCUAUCAGAGGGUUCUGUGACUUCGGAUACUUCAUCGAAUCCCGCAUCUAGUCCUACGCCAAAUCCUACGCCUGGUGUAGGGUCGAAUCUCGUGCCAACUUUAGACAUAAAUCCCGGCUUGAAUCCCGAGCCAGAACCUGAAUCAAAUUUGGAGCAAGAUCCAGAACCAACUUCUGCACCGAAUUCUGCACCGACUUCUGCGCUAGUUUCCGCGUUGAAUUCUGCAUUGAAUUCAGCUUCAGGCCAAAUUCGGAGCCUCUCCCGAGUCCUCCAACGAUAUCUACGCCAAAUUCAGCUCAUCCCAUACGCCCGAGCUCGAUCAGAACCAGUACCGAUAGAACAGUUGAGGUUGGCAACACUAAAGGGAAGAAGCGUUUAUCUGAAUGGCCUCAAGGAGUUGCAGAGCAUUGCGAGCAGCCAGCUCAACGGCGGGGUGUAA